AUGAAUAAUAUACAAUAAUUUUAUGAAGAUAAUGAAACUAUGGAUACUAAAAAAUCAUUUGAAGCUUUUACUAUAUGUAAAGGCACAAUAAUAUUUGGGGCAAAAGUUAAAUUAAUUAUUUCUAUUAUAUUAGAAAGACUUAUUAAAUAUUAUAGGAACUUUAAGUUUGAUAGUUGCUCUUAUACUUUUGUACUUAAUUUUUAUAUUUCGUGCAGCAUUAGAUUAUCAAUAUAAUUAUUUUGCGAUAACAAUUUUGAUUUGUUGUAUAUUUCCAAUUAUAACACUUUUUAAUGUUACAAUGACAGGUUGAAAUUAGAAAUUAUUAUAUUUAGAACCUGGUAUUUUAAUAAGAGGAGAUUUACCUGAUCCUAAAUUAUAAUAGCAAUAAGAAGUUGAAAAAGUUGAAUAAAAUUGUUCUGAAUAAUAAAUAUUAAGUAAUUAAUAGCAUUAGAUUGUACAAAUGACAGAAUUAUAAAAUUAAUCUGAAAAUGUUGAUUUACCUAAUAUUUAUACAGUCAGAUAUUGUUCAACUUGUAAAAUUAUGAGACCUUCAAAAGCUUCACAUUGUAUUAUUUAUAUUUGAUUAGGCAAACACUGUAAUCACUGUGUUGAUGGUUUUGAUCAUCAUUGUUUUUGGGUUGGCACUUGUAUAGGGUUCCGAAAUUGGAGAGCAUUUUUAUUAUUUUUAUAAUCCUCUUUGCUUUCAAUUAUUCUUAUUCUAUCUUAAUGUUGCUUAAAUUGUAUAUAUAUAUCUAUAAUAACAAGUAUCUCAAUAAUAUAUAGAUAUGUAUGAACUUUGGAUUUUAAUGUUUUAAUAAGCUAGUAUUCCUAUUAUAGUCAUAUAUGGAUUAUAUUUUCUUUGUGGUUGUUGCACACAAUAAACUUAUCUGAAUGUCAUAAUUUUGAUGGUUAUGUUCAUUCUUCCUAUAGUUUAUUCAGCUAUUCUCAUUAAUAUUAAUGAUGAAUAUCAAGAUUAUAGAUAUUAUGAGAAUCCAUUUAUAACCAUAUUAGUAACUAUUAUUAUGAUUACAUGCUUUUGUUUUCUUCUCCCUGUUAACGCUCUUAAUUGCUAUUAUAUUUCAAUUGUAUAAUUUUAAUCUAUUUAUCAUAGGGUAAAACUGCAAAAUAGGCUAAAUCAGAAGAUUAAUUUUAUAGUAAACAUAGAAUUUUAAAUCAUCCUAUUUAUACCCUUUCUGGCAUAUUUAGAAAUUUAUUGUAUUUUUACACUUAUCCCAUACCUCUCAGUCGCUAUACAAGAUGA